AUGGGAGCUGAGGGACUUGGAGCUGGAAGAUCGAGGGCAUCAGGUGAUGAGUUGGAGAGUAAAGCUAGACAAGAAGCAACAAGAUUGGAAAGGGAAAAUCAAGAAAAAAGGUUCUCGGAUCUUAUGCAGCUGAUUUCAAGAAUUUCUUGCAACAAUUCUGAAGGGAAUGGUCAGAAUGCAAGGACUAAUCAAGACAGUCAUCGUGGCGGUAGAGAAGGUGAUAAUGAAGAAGUGCACACUCGUAACAUGGGUGACAAGUCUGUUGCUAAAGGGAUUAAGCUUGACUUUCUAAGAUUUUUUGGCAAGAAUCCUGCAGCUUGGAUAUAUAGGGCAAAUCAGUAUUUUUUGUAUCAUCAAGUUCCUCACGGACAAAGAAUUUUUUUGGCCUCAUUUCACAUGGAUGAAGCAGCCCUUGUUUGGUUUCAAGAUGCUAGUGAAGCUGGCACCUUUCACUCCUGGGAAGAAUUUACACAAGCUGUUCAAGUGAGGUUUGGAUCAUCAGCCUAUGAUGAUCCAAUGGAGGCAUUAACACGUUUAAAACAAGUCAAUUCUGUUACUGCUUACAAGGCUGAGUUUGAGUUAUUUUCAAAUAGAAUUAAAGGGGUUUCCGAAAAAAAUAAGCUUAGUUGUUUUUUGAGUGGCCUGAAGGAUGAAGUAAGGCUACCAGUGAGGAUGCUUAAUCCAACUACUUUAAAUGAUGCCUUUCGCUUAGCCAAGAUACAAGAACAAUAUGUAUGGACAACAAGAAAACCUUGGAAGGGCACCAGUAGUGAUCUUGGAGGGCAUUCUGCAGGUGGGUCCAUAUUAGGAACACCUAAGGUGUUAUCUAAUAAUAAGCUGCCUUUUAAGAAAGUUUAUGAAGCACUGAUGCAAGAAAGACGAAAUAAAGGUCUUUGCUAUUUUUGUGAAGAUAAGUGGCAUCAAGGCCACAAGUGCAUUAAGCCAAAUAUCUAUGUGUUAGAGGGAAUGAAUAUUCUUGAUGAUGAAACUAUUGAAGAUCAAGAUAAGGAGGAAAUUGUUGAAGAAGAAAUACAGCAUGGUGAUAUUGCUUCAAUUUCUUUGCAAGCAAUUGGAGGAACUCCAAAUCCUAAAACAAUGAGGAUUGUGGGACAAAUCAAUAAAAAAAGGGUGGUCAUUUUGAUAGACACUGGUAGUACCCAUAACUUUGUAGAUACAACAGUGCUAAGAAGUGUGUUUUGGCAGUUGAUAAAGAUCAAUCCAUUCAGGUUCGAGUGGCAAAUGGAGAUGUUGUUGAAAGUUUGGGUCGAACCACUACUAUACCAGUACAGAUGUAAGUUCUCAUAUGGCAAAAGAAUUGUGGUUCUUAAAGGGUUGACCUCAACAAAUGCUGAGUUGGUUGAUAACAAGGAGUUAGCUACUAUUUCUAAAGUGGGAUCAAAAGGGUUUUGGCUCCAAUUAAUGGCUAUGGAGCCUAUGCAGAAGAAGGCAUAUGGUUCUUGGAGGAUGCGCAUCAACUAUCAAAUGCUUAAUGAGGCCACCAUUAAAGAUAAGUAUCCAAUUUCAAUAGUUGAUGAACUCUUAGAUGAAUUAUUUGGCUCAACUAUUUUUUCAAAGCUUGAUCUUAGAUCUGGUUACCACCAUAUGAGAAUGAGGCCUCAAGACAUACACAAGACUGCAUUUAGAACACAUGAGGGACAUUAUGAGUUCCUUGUUAUGCUCUUUGGACUCACUAAUGCUCCCUCAACUUUUCAAGCUCUCAUGAAUGAUGUUUUUAAACCAUUCUUGAGAAAAUUUGUAAUUGUGUUCUUUGAUGAUAUUCUAGUGUAUAGCAAAGACCUAGAAGCUCAUUUGAAACAUUUAGCUACUAUUUUGGGAGUUUUGAAUUAA